GUACGAGCCAUAUAUCUCGAAACUCUACUUCUUGAAAUUUUGUGCUGGCGAAUUGGCACGUGUGGAAGGAAAUGUAAGCAAAGUUGUAGCUAGGCCCCCUGCAGGCGGUGUACCAUGCCAUUUUCCUUCAGCUGGACCAGCAUAUAGCUCAAUCAUCGAUUCGGCUGGCAUAUAUAUUUCUUGGAGCCAGGGAGAGAGCCGUGAGUAUCCAUCUCCAUUGUUGAACUUGGAAGAUGGGGGAGAAGAUUGGGAUGACCAAGCUUUGGGCGCUUUCUCUUGUGGUUUUGGUCCUCGCGGCGGCGCCGGGCGUACCGGCGGUGCCUAUCACCCUCAUCACAUCCGCCGUCGACAAGGGAGCCGUGUGCAUGGAUGGUACGCCGCCGGCUUACCACAUGGACCCGGGCUCCGGCGCAGGAAAGAAUAGCUGGAUCGUCAACCUAGAGGGAGGCGGAUGGUGCGAGAGCGUGACGGCGUGCAUGUACCGCAAGGGGAGCCGCCUCGGGUCUUCGAAUCUCAUGGAGAGGCAGCUGGAGUUCCAUGGCAUCCUGAGCUCCAGCCCCGCCGAGAACCCUGAUUUCUACAGCUGGAACCGGGUGAUGAUCCGCUACUGCGACGGCGCGUCCUUCGCCGGCGAAGGCUACGACGCGGGCUCGAGGGUCUACUUCCGGGGCCAGCGCAUAUUUAACGCCGCCAUCCAGCACCUCCUCUCCAUUGGGAUGAACUCGGCGGACCAGGUGCUGCUGGCGGGCGGCUCCGCCGGGGGCCUGUCGGCGAUACUGCACUGCGACCAGUUCGGCGCCUUCUUCGCCGGCCGGAGCACCACCGUCAAGUGCCUCGCCGACGCAGGGCUCUUCCUCGACGCCGUCGACGUCGCCGGUGGCCAUACCUUGAAAUCCUACUUCGGAGGCGUCGUGGCCACGCAUGGGGCGGCGCAGACCCUGCCGAGGAGUUGCACCGGCCAUCUCGACGCCACCUCGUGCUUCUUCCCGCAGAACAUAAUCGGCAGCAUAAAAACCCCGAUCUUCCUGCUGAAUGCAGCCUACGAUACAUGGCAGAUCCAUGAAAGCCUGGCCCCAGACGUAGCCGACCACGGCGGCGCCUGGCGAGCCUGCAAGUCCAAUCGUCUAGCCUGCAACGCAUCCCAGAUGAAAGUCUUGCAAGCUUUCAGGGAACAGAUGGUGGGAAUUGUGCAAGGCGCCUUCUCCCGCUCCAAGGGCAAUGGGUUCUUCAUAAACUCGUGCUUCACGCACGGCCAGUCCAAGGUCCCGGCUACUUGGAAUGCAUAUGGCUCUCCUACGAUUCACAAUAAGAGUAUCGCGAAAUCUGUGAGCGACUGGUACUUUGGCCGCGCUGAAGUGAGGGCCAUCGAUUGCCCCUACCCCUGCGACCACACAUGCCACAAUGACAUAUGAGAACAGCUGAUUUCAUUGCUCUUAGCGUCUCUUGGAGUACUAUUUUGUUGCGUGUACUUUUUCUGUCAACACGUUGCGGAGGAAACAAAUAUGCAUAUCAAGGUAGCAGGUGAACUAAUCACUGUACCAGCAGAUGAGCUCAAGCACAUCCUGCAAAAAAUUACUAUCAAGAUUGAGUAAUUACAUCCAAUGAGCUGGCUCUAGUUACAUUAUACAGAGGACCCGAAUAUCCAGCGACCGUCCGAUUUUUAAGCAUGUCAAAUCAAAUGUUUUUCAUGGCCAAUUAUGUUUGUCCAGGAUGGCAAAUUUAGUUGGCAAGCA